AUGGACAUGUAUGAUCUGACAGGGAGAGUAGCAGUCGUUACUGGGGCCGCCCGUGGACUGGGUCUUGCUUUCGCUGAAAUUCUAGCGAGAGCGGGAUGCCACAUCGCUGGUCUAGACAUCCAGUCAGAAGCCUCGAAAUCAUUGUACGACUUGCAGAAGAGUCACAAAACCGUUGUGAAGUACUAUCAGGUUGAUGUGACUUCUGAAGAGAACGUGAAAACGACAGUUGCCAAAGUUGUACAAGAGCUCGGCAGGAUCGACAUCAACAUCAAUGCCGCCGGAAUCGUCUCUGAUGAGCCAUUCCUCACGACCUCAAUGAAGAACAUUGAGAAGACCUUUGCAGUCAACGUUACCGGCUCAUUCCUCGUUGCUCAGGCUUGUGCGAAUGUGAUGGUCGAUCGCUAUAAGAAGCAGCAUGGUGACUCGCCUGCGACCAAUGCGACGACAGGAACCAUCGUUUUCAUCGCCAGCAUUGCCACACAUAUGGCUAGUUCGGCUCAGCAGAUCUCGUGCUACACAGCAUCUAAAGCAGCAAUCAGAGGAUUGGUUAAGCCUGUUGCGAUGGAAUUGAGCAAAUAUGGUAUCCGGGUGAACAGCUUGAGUCCGGGUUACACUAUGACGGAUAUGAUACGUGGUCUGCAGUCGGAGCAACCUGAUUUAGUGAAGCAGUUCGAGAAAGAGACGCUAUUUGGGCGAAUAGGAGCGCCUCAAGAACUUCAGGGAGCGAUCUUAUGGCUAUGCGCUGAUCGCGCGAGUGGUUGGUACACGGGUCAAGACCUGCUAAUAGAUGGAGGCGCAACAUCGUGGAAGCAUCCAGCUAUCUUGACAUAA